UCUCUAUUAUGUACCUUGUAUGAUUAAAUCAGAACCUGAGUGUGAUAUAUACGAAAUGUUUAAUGUUACAGAAAACACAUGUAAUAAGUCCACCUGGUUAUGUUAUAAGUUUAGGUUUCUUCCACCUCAUUUAAUGAAUCAUUUAAUUGCGUCACUGUGCAGGAAAUAUAAAGUUGCAGAAGUUGUCACGAAGGAACAGAAAAGACAAAUUGCUCUCUUCAGAGAUUCAGCUGUCUUUGAGUUACAGAAAACGACAAAAUUAGCAAAAUUGCAUAUACUGAAAUGUCCGAAUUGGAUUCAAAUUCAGGUUUGGCAAUUUGAGAAAGGACGUCAAAUGUACAAAUACAUUGACGACUUUGUGACAGAGGAAAUUGUCAAGAUAAUAAGCACAAGAUUUAAGAUGUCUAAUGUGAAAUUUAAGAAAAAGUGGGAAUGUGGCCAAACAAGACCAGAGUCUGUAACAGGAUUGUUUGACUAUCCUGAAGAUCAGGAUACAAAAUAUUAUUGUGAGACAUGUAGAAUUGCACAUGAGUUCACAGGUGAAUGGUCAGAUCUACAAUAUAGAACAGUUGAUUUGUUACAGAGUUCUGCAAACGUUCCAAUAUCUAAUCCUUACACAGAAAGCUCAAGUCAAAUCCAAACUACGGUUCAAUCCACCAAGGUAUUUGUCCGGGUCCAAGCUGGUGAGAGAGUAUUUUCAAAUGCCAAUGAAGGGGCAACAGGAACAGCCAGUUCGGCAGGGUUCACCAAAGAGGAAAUCAAUUUUACAAAGAUGGGAAUGAUCGUGCUGAAUAUUCUCGCUGAUGCUUUAUAUGACCUCUUAAAACCAGACAAACCAAAUCUACGUCCAAGAAGCGAUUGUGAUAUAUCACACUUAUACCAGGAGCACUUUAAACUUAAAAAACAUAUUCCAACUAAUGGAUGGGGAGGGAAAUGGCAGAAAAUUCAGGUUACAGACAUAACUGUUGGAGAUGAUAUUGAGCGCAUAAGACUUACAAGGAAUGAACUACAACACUCAACGGCAGCUAAACUUGGAGAUACACGUUUUAACGAGUUAUGUAACAUAUUAAGUGACCUCUUAAUACGGUUCGACCAAUUUAACAAACCACAAAAGCUGUAUACAGAUGAGCUUAAGGAUAUUUUGGCUAAUACAAUUUUAGAUGAGGAUGUGAAAUUGGUUAAAAAAGAAAUAUCGGAAAUGACUGUUGAGGUAGAAAUUGAACAACAAAUCAAUGUUCUAACGCAAUAGAGAAAUAAAGUUGUUCUCAUCAUUUGUAUGGCAAACAGUUAUUUUUGUAGUUGAUGAGAAAUACACAUAUAACCAUAGAAACAGAUUUGUAGAAGACCUUGUGCAUAGAAAGCGACCAUCUUUAUAUUUGAUAGCAAUGUAAUGCUACCGAUAAAAGUCAGACUACAUUUUUCUAUUCAUACAAUCAUGUAGAGUAAUUCUUCUGAAUUAUACUUGUCACUGUUGGAGCAUGAUCUGCAUAUCUUUUCAGAGCACCUGCGAUUCCCUCCAAGUUUUAGUGGGGUUUUUGGUGCUCAAUCUUUAGUUUUCAAUAUUGUGUUUUGUAUACAGUCCUUGGAUGGUGUAAACUUCCCACUGACACCAUACACCAUUACACCAUUCACCAUACACCAUUACACCCUGUGCCAUUACACCAUACACGUUACUACUUUGCACCAUACACCUUACACAUUACACCAUAAUGCAAUUUAAUUUCAAAGAAAGCGUGCGACUACAAAAUUAUUUAUUUAUUUUAAAAAACGAAUUUUGAUCACAAUAUUGUAAAUUAAAGUAUAAAAUUAAAAACCAGUUCUUUAUGUCAGUUAAUGUCAUUUUGUAAAUUCAUUUUAUUUUUAACCAAAACAUACAUCAAUUUUUGCAUAGUUUUAAAUGUCGUACACCAUUCAUUCACACCAUUCCCGAUCGCACGUUACACCAUUACAUCAUUCCCCUUACACCAUACACCAUAGCACCAUACACCUUCUACCAUUGCACCAUAUGCCAUACACCAUUACACCAUACACGUUUUUUUUGGGAAGUUUACACCAUCCAAGGGCUGUACUGUUGUUUAAUUUUUUGUCUUUUUUAUUUUUUGCAAUGGCGUUGUCAGUCUAUUUUUACUCGUGAAUUUGAAUCUCCAUUUUUGGUAUCUUUCGCCUCUCUUUUAUAAAAAAAAAUUGUGAAGAUGAAAAAGUGGACUAGAGAGGAAAUAUUGGAAUAAAAUUGACAACUAGAUCAAUUUUGGUCUGUUAUAGUAAUUUUUUUUAAAUUUAAUCACAUGCAGUAAAAACUGUUGUGUAAAUAUUGCCAAAACUAUAAACAUUGUGUACAUAAAAUGAAUAUUUAUUUAUACAAAUGUAUAUAGGAAUAUGAGAAACAUGAAACAUAGAAAAAAAACAUUUAGGAAAUUUUGUGGUAUGUUUUUCUGUUGAUAUAUGAAUUAUUUUUAUGAUUUUGUCCUUCAGGGAAUUAAGUAUAGAUGGUGGUUAGUUUUCGUCAAAUAAAUUCCCAGCUUUUGUAUCUAGCAAUUAACCAUGAAGGAACAAACAUGUGACAAUGUGUGUUUUCUAACCUUUUGAACUUUUUGUCUUUAAGACUGAUAACCAAUUUAACUCUUAAAAAGGUUGAAUUGUGUACAUUUCUUAUGCCAAAGAUUGUGCCCUGUUUUUGCAGAAUAAAAAUCAAUCAACAUUUUCAGGCUUUUUCUGAGUUUUAUACGCAAGGGACCAAUCAGAAAUCCCCAUUAUCAGUAAUAUCCGGUUAUCAUAUUCAGAGGACCAAUCAUAAUCACCAUUAUUAGACACUGUAUAGUUAUCGUGUUCUAUAGGAACCAACCUGAAAUCACCAAUAUUUGAAAAAGUCUGGUUAUAAGUUCUAAGGAUCAAUCAGAAAUCUCAUUUAUGAGACAAUGUUUUGGUAUUGUUCAAUUGACCAAUUAUAAAUCAUUUAAAAAUAUCCAAAUGUCUAUGUUUUGUUUUGUACGUGAAAAGAAAUAACCUGCUUGUUAGAUUUAAGAUAAGUUGGAAUAUUUAAUAUGUAGUUUAAGUUAUCACGUUCUUUCAGAGCUGAUCACCCUAAUACCUUUUUAACCUGAUUCAGGCUGUGGUAGCAAAAAAUAUUGUAAAAAACGGAAACGUGAUGAUAACGACUGGACUACAGAUAUGAAUAAGAAGAUAUGGUAUGAGUGUCAAUGAGACAACUAUCCAUCCAAGUCAACAAUUCAAACAGGAAAACCAACGGUCCAAUCUAUAUAAAAAACGAGAAACAAGAGAAACACUUAUGA